AUGGCCUCCAACCCUCCCGGAAAGUGCUGCACCGUCGGCGUCAAGCACGAGGGCACCCCUCAGGGCAAGAAGAUCACCGUCGCCGGCAAAUAUGAGGGCUACCUCGCCGAGGCUCCCGCCGACAAGGCCCACAAGAACACCGGCAUCCUCUACGUCGCCGACGUCUUUGGCAUCUGGCCCAACUCCCAGCUCGUUGCUGACCAGUUUGCCGCCAACGGCUACACCACCCUGAUCGUCGACCUCUUCGACGGCGACCAGCUCAGUCUGCCGCCCCCCGCGGGCCUGGACAUCCCCAAGUGGAUCGCCGAGGGCAGCGAUGGCAAGAACCCGCACACCGUGGAGGCCGUCGACCCCAUCAUCGUCGACUCCAUCAAAUACAUGCAGAAUGAGCUCGGCCUGACCAACGUUGGCGCCGUCGGCUACUGUUUCGGUGCCAAGUACGUCGUCCGCCACUUCAAGGACGGCAUUAAGGCCGGCUACCUCGCCCACCCCAGCUUCGUUGAAGAGGAGGAGCUCGCCGCCAUCACCGGCCCCCUCUCCAUCGCCGCCGCCGAGACUGACGGCAUCUUCCCUGCCGAGAAGCGUCACAAGUCCGAGGAGAUCCUGGCCAAGACGGGUCUGCCCUACCAGAUCAACCUCUACUCCGGCGUCGAGCAUGGCUUCGCCGUCCGCUGUGACCUCAGCAAGAAGGUCCAGAAGUAUGCCAAGGAGAACGCCUUCCUCCAGGCCGUCUCCUGGUUUGACGAGCACCUGUUGUGA